AUGUUUGAAUUUUGUGCUAUUGUAGGUUAUGAUAUUGAUAAAAGUAAUACAAAUACUUAUUAUUUAGAGCCAAAUCUAGAUUUGCUGUUAAAAAAUGAAUAUGAACCAGAAAUAUUAGAAAUAUAUCCUGGUCAUCUUAAAAAGUCUGCAAUGAUUUCACAUUCAGUUUCAUAAUGUUUUUCAUAAGGAUAACCUUCAUUAUAUUCUCAUGAUAAUAAGUUAAUUUAUCCAACAAAAUUGAAUUCAAAGGAUGUAGGAAUAUAAUCUUCUAUUCAUUAAUUUUAAGUUCAGUUGGAUGAUUAGAUUUAUAAGUUUUGCUAUGUGUUAUCAUUUUAUGUAAAAAUGAUUUGAUUUAUUAGGAAUAAGCAUACAUUUAAAAUAUUGAAACUUUAGCUGGUAAGAGAACAAAGAUCAUCACUUGGUCUCCUUAAAUAGAUCUCUCAGCAUUAAUUAAUAGUAAAUAAGUGACAGCUAUUAAAUCAACAUUACUUUCAAAUAAUGCAACUAUAUGCAUAUAUGUAUAAAAAUCUAUUGUGAUUGUUUCCAAUUAAAAUGAGACAGGUUGUGAAGCCACUUUAAUUAAUUUUAUUAAUCAACAAAUGUCAAGUAUAAUAUUAUUCUAUCAAUUAGAGGAUUCAAAUAGAUCAAAUUAUCUAAAUAAAUAAUACAUAUAAACAGUAUCUAAUUCAUAACAAAAUAUUAAACUUUUGAAUGAAUUGUUAACUAUAAACCAAGAAUUAUUUUAAAAUAUUCGCAGAUUACCUAAUUUUUAAUUAGCCUCUCUUAUUGAUUUUUUAAAUAUUUAGCAUUAAGCAUAAAAAUAGUAUACAUUUUACUAAUAUAGAUUAGUUAUUUCGAAUUCCGAUUUUAAUGAAAAUGCAAAUAUUUAAAAUAUUCCAAUAAUGGAUUUCAUAUCUCAUGAAUCAACAUAAGAUGGUCAUUGUAAUAAGAUAAGUCAAGAGUUAUUUCAUUUAUAAGAAAUGCCAAAAGAUGUAUUUUAUAAUCCUCCUGAUAAAAUUAAACUAUUUAGAGAAAGAGUGAGAAAAAGCAAUAAAAAAGCCAAGAAACCAUUGAUUCCUAUUUAACCUUAAUAUUCUAUGGUUAAAUAAAACCAACAACUAUUGAAAGCAAAACCUGUUGUAAGACCAUAAGAAUUUAGUUUUCAUGAGACCACCACCUCAAACGUAAAACCUCAUAGGAAUCAAAUUUUUAAUAGUUUGAACUUUCCCUAAACAAAAACAUUACUUAAAUUAUGA